UAUAUUUAUUGUUACAUGGUUAGUGUAGGACAUUGUAAAUAUGGUACGGAUCUUGCUAUAAACCUAGUGAAUGCUUUGUAUAAGGUGCUUGGGACAUGUGGAAGUGUACGCAUAUCAUUCUCUAGAAGAACACCUAUUCAGGUGUGCAAUAUAGUAUGUAAAGAAUUUGUUAGUCAUCCAAAGGUAGAUAUUUGGGAUGGCCAAGAUCCAAAUCCACACUUGGGACAUCUUGCCUGGGGAGAUGCCUUUGUUGUAACUGCUGAUUCAGUCAGUAUGCUAAGUGAAGCAUGCAGUACAGGGAAACCAGUCUAUGUUAUUGGAUCAGAACGAUGUACAUGGAAGUUUGCGGCAUUUCAUAAAACUCUGCGCCAAAGAGGCGUUGUGAGGAUAUUCACUGGGGAAGAGGAUAUUUCUGACAGCUGGAGUUAUCCUCCUCUUAAUGACAAUGCUGAAGCAGCUAGUCGCAUACGAGAAGCCCUUGCAGAGAAGGGAUGGAGUUUAAGGUGACCAGAAAGAUGUAAAAUAAGUAAAUACACUAUAUUGAUUCUCCAGAGCAUUCUUAUAGGUGUGGUGUUGAAUGGGUAUAUCUAUUUAUGUAGGCACAAUUAGUAGGCAUUCAAUCUAUAAAAAAGCAAGAUCAUGAAAAUUCUAUGUAAAUUAAGAACCCAUUAGUCCAGUUUUUCAGUUUUAAAUAAUAAAUUCAUAAUUAUUUGAUCCUUUGAGUGAGGCAUUAUAGUCACAUAAUGCAAUAUGAGUCGGCAGCAAGGCAUUCUUUAUGGCUUUUUUAGAAAUAUAAGCAUCAGGUUUUGAAUCAAUCUUGUUGAAAGCUUUUGAAAGUAUUAGGAUUUAUUUUUGAAUCAUGCAUUAUUGACCCUGUAUGAAAGCUGUAACAGGGCUGAGAAAGCCAGAAUUAGAGAAAUGUUGCUAAAUGGAGAUAUGCUCCUAUAAGCUGAAAAAUUAGGAAAGCAAUAAUAUAAAGAACAUUGUGAUUCUAUGUUCACAAACAAA